AUGGCACAUUCUCUCAUGCCUCAACAGUAAUCAAAGAACAAUGCAGCCUGAUUGUCUGCUCAUCACCAUGAAUGUGGAGCCAGCCAUCAGAAGGGAGAGCUUUCUAGUUGCCUUGGUCUGGAGAGGAGAGCUGUCCAAAUCUGUGUCCCAGAAGCCACCUUCUGAGAUACUACCUCAACAUGGCACACUGAAUAUACAUCAGCAUAAAGUCGGUCAGCCAGGCAAUAAACAUUUAUCAAACACCAUGAGCCAAAAAGAGCUUGCCUAAUGGAAAAGGAUCCAGGAUCCUUCAAGGCAUCCUAUACAAUGUGGUGCUUUGAUCCCCUGGAGAGGAAAUGCCUCCAGUUCUUGUAUGGAGGGUGUGUAGGAAAUGAAAACAGAUUUCUCACCAGAAGGGAGUGUUAUCAGAGAUGUGCUCCAAAAUCAGCUGACAACAGCCUGUUCUGGGAUGAGGAUGAAGAAAUUAACAUUGGUCUUAUUGUGGGGAUCAUCGUGGGAUGUGUGUCAAUAAUUGUUUUGCUUGUGACACUGACUGUGGUCUUCUUGAAGAAGAAGAAGAAGAAGAAGAAGAAGAAGAAGAAGAAGAAGAAAAAGUAA